AUGAUUCAGCUUGCAGCCGGACAUAUCAAGAUGAUCGAUCUCACUUUACACGAUGGUGUUGAGACGAGACAGGAAAUCCAGCGAUCUGAGCUAGGAUCGGACAAGAAAGUCUUCUGGAUUCAAGGAAAGCCUGGUGCUGGUAAAAGCACCCUAGUCAAGUAUCUCAUUGACCAUCAGAACACCAUAAAAGGUCUUGAAACAUGGAGUAAACUAAUAUUCAUCAAUAACGUGCUGUCAGGACUGACCUUUAAUGCACAAAAGGGCGAAUCGGUAUUUUUUGUGACAGAUGGCUUCGACGAGAUGACCGAGGCUUACAAGUUUCUGGAAUUCACAGACUUCCUUACGGCGCAACAGCAUGCCAAGGUCUGUGUUUCCCGUCGUGAAGAGCAAAUAUUUCGAGGAAAGUUUUUCCAGAAUGACGGCUUCAGACUCCACGAGCUUACGAGGCGUAAUAUGCGCCGAUUUGCCUCAGCAGAAAUUGAAACAGCUUUAAAACUCCCAACUGAGUCCACAAAGACGUAUAACCGGGAUUUUCUGAGGAAACUGACCAAGUUGCUAGUUAAAAAAGCCGAAGAGGUCUAUCUACGGCUGGUUUUGGCACUUCAAGGAGUGGAAAAAGUGCUGCAAGACCGAAACGAGGAGAAUGAUCUAUUUCAACGCCUAAAGCUUUUCCCAUCAACACUUGAAGCACUAUAUCAAGACAAGUGGGCUAGACUGGGUGACUCCCAGAAAAUAUACCAAGAGAGGGCAGCCUUUUAUUUCAACUUGGCUCUUAUGAACCAGUCCGUACUGGAAGACUGUCAUACAGCUAAUCCCCUUGACGCUGAUGACUUCGAAUGGCCUUUAAGUAUUUUCCAGGUUGUUCUCGCUAAAGAUGACGGGAUGCGACACAAGUUCUUGGAUGAAUCGUAUUCAGUACCCACGUUAAUGCGAGUAGUGGUGGAUAAAUGCAGGAAUACUGAGCUGGACGUGAAAAUCAAUUUGGCGGGCUUUUACGGUGCCACGAUGCCUUUGACCGUUCCUUCCCAACAAGACAAUUUGGUGGCGGCACGGCCAUGUUCACUGUCACGUAAAGUCAAUCUUUCCCCAAAUCAAGCACGUCUCUAUAUACGGCAUAAUCGCACCAGACGUAUUGGUCAUGGUAUCACGCUUCAGGUGAACCCCGUCGAAAGCCCUGACAGCAAUGCAACUCUCACUGCUCCCGUUGUCGCACAGCAUGUUGUCUCUAAUCGCGCCUUCAACUGCCCCCCGCACGACUCCAUCACCUGUGGUCACAUCGCCGAAAGCGGGGGAUCCGCAUCCAACCUGCCAUGUACUGGCACCUGCGCGUUCCAAGGAGGAGAGAAGCUUGGUGCGAAGGUUGGACGCGUUUCUAUUGACAUUUGGGUGUAUUUCCCAGAAUUCCUGGAUCAGUCCAACAUAAACAACGCUUACGUCUCGGGCAUGAAAGAGGAUUUGGGGCUUUGGGGGAACGAGCUGAACCUGUUUACCACCUACUUCAACAUUGCAUACUGCGUCAUGCUCAUCCCCUCUCAAAUCAUCAUGACCUACGUGCGACCAAGUUGGUGGCUGCCCUCACUGGAAGUCAUCUGGGGCGUCAUCACGGGGCUGGUUGCAAUGACUACAAGCGCGAAGCAGGUGUAUAUCCUGCGGGUGUUUUUGGGACUGUGCGAGAGCGCAGCAUAUCCCGGCAUGAUCACGCUGUUUAUGUCCUGGUACACACCACUGGAAAUGGCCAAGAGGAUCGGCUUCUAUCAUUCCUGCCAGGCAGUUGGGCAGAUGAUGUCGGGGGCCAUGCAGGCGUCCAUUGUGAAAACCAUGGAUGGUCGCUACGGCCUUGUCGGGUGGAGGUGGCUCUUUGUCAUCAAUGCCAUCAUCACCGUCGUUUGGGGCUUCGCAGGCUACUUCAUGAUUCCUGAUUCGCCACAGAACCCUAAUCCAUGGGCAUUCUGGUUCAAGAGGAUUCAUUCGGAGUAUGCUCUGCAUCGACUCGAGAGGGAGAAUCGGCUGGAUGCAAAACCUAUUACUUGGGCCGCAGCCAAACGCACAUUCUCCACGUGGUUGGUAUACGUCAUUGGGGUCAUGUACAUCGCCAUGGUCCUUGGGACAUCGGGAUACAACUACUUUGGUCUGUUUCUGAAAUCCAUCAAAAACAGAGACGGUUCGCCGAGGUGGACCACUGUGCAGGUCAAUCUGAUUCCAAUUAGGGGCAGUGCUAUAAGCGUUGUUUUUGUUUGGAUCUGGGCAUUCUUGUCCGACAUGUUGAGAACGAGAUGGACCUUGAUUGAAAUGCAAGCGGUCAUUGCCAUCAUCGUAGCUAUUAUCCUUACCAUAUGGACGACCAAUCCGAGCGGGACUCCGUUGUCGGCGGCGUAUGCUGCUUAUUUCACGUCCCAUGUCCCGCUUGGCACUGCGCCGCUCAUUUGGGCGUGGCUUUCCGAUCUCGCACCACAAGAACCUGAAGAACGGUCGCUUGCUGCCGGUGCCGCUAUUGCUGGCUACUAUUCCAUUUCUGCAUGGAGCCAAGUUCUCGUCUGGCCCGCUAGCCAGGCACCAUACUGUGAGAAUCGCUCGUCCAUUGCAGUAUGCGCCCUCGUCAUUGUCCUGGCUGUUAUUCUCCGUAUCGUGGACGUGAAAUACCUCAGGCCGAGGAGAAAGGCAGCAUUGGAGGUCGCCUUCAAGGAGGGACCUAGUCCGAAUAUUGAAGACACAAGGGUAUUUACGCGGUCUCUGCUAGCGUAA